ACUAUUUUUAACAUUUUCGACGUAUGGCAGUGUUUAAAUUUUUGGAUGUAUUCGAUUUGACAAUUGCGGCGUGUUAAGUCAAUAGCAUGAACCGACAUUGACGAAGUGGCAAGCACGCCGCUACAACAACUUACCGCAACAUUCUUAGCGUAAAAGUUACCGUGGAUGGUUUACUCUAAUGUAAUUUGCGAUUGAGUUUAUAUAAGUCGAUCGAAUAAAGUGAAACGAAUUCGAAAUAUCAUUUGACUUUGUGAUGUGUGAUACUGAUGUCCAAUAUAGUUUUCGUGUAUGAAUGUUAUGUCCGGAUUUGCUUUUAUUAUUAGCACACAGCACCUGGUCAAUGUGAAUUAAAUAAAUAAAAUGAAUAGAAACUGUGGUAGAAAGACAGAGUUUCAAGACGAGCACUACUGCGCCGGAAAUGUCACUGGGAAUUUCCGACGCGCUUGUUCACUGCGGCUGCGCGGUGAAAAAAUGGUGCAACGAUCCCCUUUAACAACUAGAAAAUAUAUUCCAAUAAUCACGGAAAAUACAAACCAGAAACAAAGAAAUGGUUCCCGUCUUCCGGAGCCGAGCUACCGCGCAAGGAGUCAAUCAUUUAACUCCACACAAAAACCGAAAAAAUCCUGUUUAAAAUUCCAAGAAACCUCCAUAGAUAGAAACCUCAGUAUGACAGACUCGGCCCACACACCACCAGGAUCUCCAGAAGAUUUACCCGACGAUGAAUCUUUACAUAGUUACGGAAGCGCAGCCACGGCCGCCUCUAUUGAUGCUGGAUAUGCACCAUUCAAUGGCACUACUUUCAGUGGUAGAUCGAUGCGUUAUGUCUUACACUGUUCCUCACAUGCCGGCCUAGCUGGAGAAGAUUAUCUCACACCAACCCAGAGAGCCCAAAAGCAAAUACGUCGACUGAAAUCUCUGUUAGCUCAGGCCAAGAAGGAUUUAGAAGAAAAGGAUAGUGAAAUUUUUCAACUUACAAAAGAAGUUGUUGAGCUCCGUCUCUACAAAGCUUCAAUAUUUUCUCCAGAUGAAAAGUCAAACUCAAGUGAAAUUGUGACCGUCCGAGAAAAUAAUGAUGAAGCUUCCAUAGAAGAAGAGAGCAUCAAAUGUAAAAGUGCCCUUCGGUCAUUUGACAUCACUGAUAGUCCUUUGUACAAAGAUCAAACACCAACAAGAUGCCGCAAUGAGAUGCAGGGCUCGUUUACUGAUUCCGGUCACUUUGAGGACCUAACCAAUUCUUCUUUACAUUCAAAAGAAUCUGUGCACAUGUUGACCCAUGAUGCUGCAUGCAUGACAGAGACAGUUGACAGUGAUGAAGAGCGCCGGAAUUUAAUAGCUUUCUAUGAAAAGAAAGUAGAAGACAUAAUGAGAGCUCAUGUUGGUGAGACGCAAGAAAUUAAAAAAUCACACAAUGACAAAGUGGAGGCGUUAUUACAAAAGUUAUCAGAUGUCAACACCAGGUAUUGUGAACUUCUACCAAACUAUGAGCAGGCUAAAGAGAGGAUACAUAUACUGGAAAAACAGUUAGAGAAUGCCAGCAAGCAGUUACAAGACGAAGAGAGCAGACACCGUACAGUAUACUUACAAAUGUACAACAAGGGAAAGGAAGCUGCAAAGUUUGAACUAGAUAAAGAAAUAGAUCCCGAACCUAGUACAAGCCAGCUCAGUAGAGUCUCCGUCGAGGAACUGUUGGAACAAUUGCAGAUAACGCAGACCGAGCUCGAAAAUGUCAGAGAUUCGGCAUUCACAGCGGACAGAACGGCAAAGUCACAAGUACUUCUUAGUGCAAAGGAGGCUGUUUCUUUAUGGGUCCUAGGAGCUCGAAAGGCAAUGUAUCGACGUAUUGUGGAAUCCCAGAAAGGUAACAAGACCAUCAUUGAUCCGGAAGUGACCUUGCAGUUCCUGAAAUCGGCGAUCUACUACUUCCUGACGGAUCCCGAAAACCAUCAAGGUCACCUGAAUGCCAUCGAAAACAUCCUAGGCUUCACCGAAGCUGAAAAGAAAAAUAUACGCAAAGCGAGAACGACGUAGGCUGCUACAAAUAUGUGAUAGUAAUAGUUACAUGCCACUUAGAUAUAAAUACUUGUUGCAUGUCCACAAAGACUAGUUGUUUAAAACAAAACAGAUGCACAUCGUUUUAAGUUGUUCAUAAUACUUUUACCAUAAUAAUUAUUAUUAUCUUGCACUUCCGAACUGUUUAUCAGUUUGUUUAUGUCUUAUUUCUGCAAGUUAUCUAUCGAAUUUUUUUAGACAUUAAAUUUGUGAUUAUUUUUUUUACUAGUUUUUAAGCGCCAAAGAAAAGCAUUCCUUGUCUUGUUUGUGCAAUUUUAACUUAUCUUUAUAAGUGUACAAUGAGGGUUCAUUUUUGAUGACAACUAUUUUAAGCGUUACAUAUUAUGUUUCUAUAUACUUUGUUCCUUUUUUUUAUUAAUUUAUUUUCUGUUAUGUUAUUUCGCAUGUGAUAAGUUUUACUUAUUUUAUUUCAACAUCCGUAACGAGUACUUAAAAUCUGUAUAACAUUGGAGAUAAAUUUUAUAUUAACUGCCAACACGACAGCAAAUCUUAUGCCAUGUACUAAACAACCAGCCGUCCCCGAGUUACAAUAAAAUUAAUCUUCUUUAGUUAUUACGUUCUAGACUAUACAUAAAUCGUAUUCUUGCCUUUUAAAAGCUGCAUCUGUGAUUAGACUAUUUAUUAAUUAAAUAUAAUAUCAUAAUAAAAUCAUGCUUUGAUCGCUGUUCCAUCCUUGUUUGAAAUACUAUAAUUUAUUUAUAAUAUACUCUUUUCAAUUUGAAAUUCACAGAAAUUUAUUUUCAUAAUAAUGGAUUAGUGAAGGCAUGAUUGUAUUUUUAAAUGCUAUAUUGUAGGUAAUUUUUAAUCAACAUCACAUAUUAUUUAAGUGAUGCAAAUGUAAGUGUAAUUGAGAUCAGGAUAUUAUAAUAACUUUUCUGGGUUUGUCAAAUUGAUGAGAUUAAAGUGAAGGUAUAAUUUGAGGCUAUCGGGUGGAUAUUUGUGAUUUUGCAAGAAAUUAAUGUGUGGAAAUGUCUUAUUACCUGAAACACGGUAUAUACCUAUUCAGUAUACUUAUUUACAUAAGUAACUAUAAGUUAUGACAUUUUCAUUGACAGCAAUCUUUGUGUUUUCAAUAAAAAGUGAAUUAAA